GGUAACCCUAAGAGAAGUGCCAAAAUAAAAAAAUAAAUGGCAGAUGGCAAUAUUUGAAAGAAGUUCGUUAUGUGUUAUUUUCUGUGUGUAAAGUAUUAUUUAAUUAUAACAGCCAUUAUUUCAUUUACAAUUGUUUACUUUAUUAAACGGUUUCUUUCCGCUAAUAUGUCUUCGGGUCAUUCGGAUGAAUUAAGUGAUGAUGAAGUGUUUUUCGGAAAGCUGACUUUAAAAGAAUUAAAGAAACAUAUAUUAUGGGAUAAACAACAGAAAACAAUUCAUCCUGCAACUGCAACAAAUAGCCCUGUUUGUUCUUAUGAUCCCAAUGAAAGUUUAAAAUUAUUGCAAGCUCAUUCACAACCAAAUUUACUAAAUAUUAAAGAAAAUCCAAAUUGUAACAAACUUGAUGAAUCAUGGAAUGCAAAACCUAUUGAUGACAGUUUUAUUAAAAUGGAAAAUAUGGUGGCAAAUUUAUGUGUAUCACCAAAAAACAUUGCAAAUACUGGGGAACUGAAUAAUACAUUAGAAGUUAUUGAAUACAUCUUAAAUAAUCCACCCGGUAGUACUAAAAAUAAAUCUGACAAAGCUGAACUGAAUAAUAAACAUAUUUCAAUUAAGAAUGAAGUUGAUACAUCUCCAACAAAAAACAUUAAAGAAAAUAAAUGUAAAGAAACAUCUAAGCCUCCAGAAACUCCUCAGAACACUCCUGUCAAAACAAAUCACCAGAUCAAUAAGCAUGCUGAAGAGUUUUCAACUCCAAGAAACAUGAAACAGAAAACAAUUUUUAAAACACCAGCUCAACCUACAUCACUUAAAAAGCCUUCUGCUACUUCAUUGAAGAAGACCCCUAGCCGAUCUAAUGCUUAUCAGCACAUAAGCAGUCCAGUUGCUUCAUAUAUCAAAAACUGCCCCAUAGUGCCAUUGGUGAAAGAUGUCCAUCCAAAAAAACCAUUGCCUGGGACUUCUUCUAUUCCAAAAAUUAUCAAGAACACUUUACCAGCCACUAAACCAAGCAAUAAGGAAAAUGUUAACCUACCAUCAGUUGCAUACAAGAGUGCUAAGAAAACCAAAGUGAUUGAUAUACCAGAUGACCAGAAAAUGCCGCAGAGUCAGUGGGCAAAGAAAAUAAUGACUAGUUUACCAAGACCACUGGUAAUGAAGCAUGAUCACAGAGAGUUAAAUUUUGCAAAGAAAAAACUUAUCUCACAACAAGAAGACAGUUUUGCUGAUCUCUCAUAUCACCAAGCUGAGGUAUCUGUGUGCACACAGAAGUCUGCUUUCAAGCCUAACAAAAACUUUUGA